AGCGCAGCAAGCAGGGAGGAUCCAGGUAUCGCAAUCAGCCAAGCCGUCAAGGCCUUCUCCUUCUCCCCCGCGAGUGUCGUCUCUUCAGCCUCUCCUCACCCAUCAUUCCACAGCCCUCACUCCUCACCCAAAAAUCUGCUCUCAAAGUUCCCAUGGCCGUAUCUAUCACAUUCUCCCGGCUCCUCUCCACCACCGCAACUUCCACCGCCACCGCCACUUCAUCUCGCCUCCCUUCCAAAGCAUUUUCAUCCACCCUCUCUUCUAAAUUCUCUAUUACCCCUUCAUCCCUCAAAUUCAACCAUCGCCGCCCUAUUUCUCUCCCACUCGCUGCUUCUUUCACUACCAAAUCCACCAUUUCCGCCACCAUCUCCGUCGGCGACAAGCUCCCCGAAGCCACCUUUUCCUUCCUCGACCCUGCCGGCGAUGUCAAGACCGUCACCGUUUCCGAACUCACUAAGAGCAAGAAGGCCAUUUUCUUUGCUGUUCCCGGCGCCUUCACCCCAACCUGUUCCCAGAAGCACGUUCCGGGCUUCGUCGAGAAAUCCGCCGAGCUCAAAUCGAAAGGCGUCGAUACAAUUGCCUGCAUUUCGGUCAAUGACGCCUUCGUGAUGAAGGCGUGGAAGGAAAACUUGAAGGUCAACGACGAGGUGCUUCUCUUGUCCGACGGCAACGGGACGUUCACCAAGGCGAUUGGGUGCGAGCUCGAUUUGAGUGACAAGCCUGUUGGAUUGGGUGUGCGGUCUAGGCGGUACGCUCUUCUGGCUGAGGAUGGUGUUGUGAAGGUCUUGAACUUGGAGGAAGGUGGUGCGUUCACAUUCAGUGGUGCAGAGGAUAUGCUGAAAGUGCUCUAAAAUCUAAAACCAUGUGAUUUCAGUUAAUUCCCAGCUGCAGUUACGGAUACAAAUUUUCGUGGAAAGUUCCGGAAUUUGACCAGAAAUCCCUUAAUGUGGGCACCGAAUUUGUCACUGUUACCAGUAGAGACACAUCUACAUGAACGUUUUGGUUCUUCCCCUUUUGGGCAUGAAUAGAAAGAAAAUAUUAGAGUUUCUUCCCCUCGUCCACUAUAAACACACUUUUAGGAAGAUUUACUACAGACAAACAUUUUCAAAACUUGAACUUGUUUGGAAAUUUGUCUACAUCAGGAACAAUUGCUGUUUCAUUAAUGAGUCCAAUCUUCGUAUAUUGUUGCAA